CUCACAAUUAAUAGUUCUGUUCUAUUCGUUGAAUCAGUUAUGAUAACACGAUAUUGUACACAUCAAAAGUCAUCAAUUCACCCCGAUAAAAAUCCACCACUUUUCGCAUAAACGUGAAGUGAUCUCAUCAAUUAAAAUGGAAAGCAUUAAAAGUCUUGGCUGUAUAUUUUUUCUACUGACCGUGUCGGAUUUAAUUGAAAACCACACGCGUGAUUGUUAUUAUAACGAGUCACGAAACCAUGUGGAAUACGUGUGUGAUGGUGAUGUUGGAAAACGAUUCAAUCAGAAGACCAACGAAGUGUUGUAUUGCCAUAAUUACUAUUCGGGUAUAAACAGAGCGAAUGUUUCAUUUGUGAGUUUUCGCAAUUGCUUCAUUAUCACAAUGGACACGUUUAAUCUGUGGAACUUUAGUGGUCUUCGUGUGCUCAAUUUAUCAUUCUUUGGAUUCGAACUCUUGCCGGACUUUUUAUUCAAGGAUAACGUUCAUCUGAAGCAAAUUAUAAUGUCCCAUAACCACCUGAACGACUUACCUGCCCUUUUAUUCAAUAACACACCAGAAUUGACGGAUGUGGAUUUUUCAUUCAAUCAAAUCACACAACUCAACCCACUGCUGUUUGACAAUACGCGCAAAUUGAAAACUGCCAAUUUUUCAUUUAACGCCAUCAAAGUACUGAAUGUGUCAACGUUUUCACAUUUAUAUGAGCUGGAACAUUUGAACAUGAGCGACAACCAAAUUGAAGUGAUUGACUCUGAGCUAUUGGAACAUAACACACAGUUGAAAAGCUUGAACCUAAACAAUAAUCUUGUAAAGCGAUUGAGCUGCGAAUUUUUAUCAAUUUUGACGAGAAAUUAUUCCUUAGACAUUUUUAUAAACACGCUAGAAGAAAUACAGACCAAUUGUUUCAGAGGCGAAAAAAACUUUGAAUUGAAUAUUCUUAUUUCAGCAAAAGAAUCAACUACUCGGGUACAAGUGUCUAAAGGCAACUUUAAAUGGAUCUUCAGCGAAACGGACUUCAUAAAAGUUCAUCACUUGAAUUUAUUAAACAAUCGAAUAAAGAAUUCUAUCGAAAUUUUUAGAGGCGCAUACACUAAUGAUGAACAUUUUGUAGAACUAAAUAUAAUCGGAUGUUUAUUACUUCUUUUGAUAUUAAUUGUCGUUACAGUUUGUCUAGUUUUUAUUGUCAAAAUGUGCAAGCGUUCGAUUAAGAAUUAUAUAAAAACUAUUGUAGUUUUCUCCGUUGAACAAGAUUUGGCCAAUGAUAAUCAGUUCCAAAUGGUCGAUAUACCACACAAUUGUUAGAAUUUCUCAAUUUAUUU